GAGCGCCGGGGCUCGCCGGGACCCCCGAGCGGGGUGCUGCGAUCUCGGGGAUCCCGCGGCACCGCGAGCCGGGCUCCGGGCAGCCCCGCGGCCUCGGGGAUGCUCUGCCGGGCACCGGGGCUGUGACACCGCCGGGGGCUCGGCAGGAUGGAAGGCACGGACGUCCCCACGCCUGUCCCCAUCAGUGUGCCUGCGCUGGUCACAGAGCGGAGGUUCGCCCAGCGCCUCAGGGAAUGGCUGGAGCAGCAGCUGCAGCGGCUGCCGGGGGCCCGCGUGGCCCUGCCCGUGCUGGAGGAGAAGCUCUCCCGGCUCUGCCUGCCCGCGGAGGUGCCCUGCGAGCUGCUGUGCUGCCCCGGUGCUGCCCCGGUGCCGCCCACGUUCCCCGGUGCUGCCCACAUCCCCGAUCUCCCGGGAUGCUGCGUUGCAGGCUCGGCGCUCUGGCAGACGGUGGCCUCGGCGCUGGGGGCCCGGCGGGUGGCCCGGCGAGGACGGGUGCUGCCGGAUGGGAUGCGGACCCCCAGCGUGACCCUGCUGCUGGGCCAGCACGGCUGGGUGGAGCACGUGGACAACGGCAUCAGGUACACCUUCGACGUGACCAAGUGCAUGUUCUCCCCGGGCAACAUCACGGAGAAGCUGCGGGUGGCCUCCCUGCCCUGCUCCGGGGAGGUCGUGGUGGAUCUCUAUGCAGGCAUCGGGUACUUCACGCUGCCGUUCCUGGUGCACGCGGGAGCUGCCUUUGUGCACGCCUGUGAGUGGAACAGCCACGCCCUGGAGGCCCUGCACAGGACGCUGCUGCUGAACGGGGUGCGGGAUCGCUGCCACAUCCACGCCGGGGACAGCCGGCAGCUGCAGCUGCGGGAUGUGGCACACAGGGUGAACCUGGGGCUGAUUCCCAGCUCGGAGCAGGGCUGGCCGGUGGCCUGCCGCGUGCUGAGGAAGGACACGGGGGGGGUUCUGCACAUCCACCACAACGUGGAGACUCCCCCUGCGCCGGCCCCGCCGCAGAGCGCAGUGCUGCUGGCCGAGCAGGGCUCUGCAGAGGCAGCCAGCCCCGGGGGAGAGGCACAGCAGCCAGCAGAGGACGGUGGGGAGACGCUGGGGGCCAGGCUCAGGCCCGAGUGGCGGCAGUGGGCUGAAGGCACGGCCGCACGGAUCCGGGGGCUGCUGGCAGAGCUGCACGGGCGGCCGUGGCACACCAGCGUCCUGCACGUCGAGCCAGUGAAAUCCUACGCUCCACACGUGCAUCACCUCGUGCUGGACCUCGAGUGCCGGCCAGGGCUGCCCCUUUAGUAGGGCAUGGGCACUGCUGGGGCUCCAGCUCCAUGGAAAGGUGGUCUCAAGCACCAAGGGCAGGGGGAUGCUACCAGCAGUGUCCUGCUGCCAGCCUGGAUGUGCCCUGUGUCCCCUGGUUCCCAGCAGUGCCUCCCUGUGCCCAGGGCACCCAGGGUUGUGCUCCUCUGGCAGAUCCCUUCAGGAUGCAGACAAGGAUGGAGCAAGCUGGGGCUCAGUGUCAAUGUUCUGCCCUGGCUCUGCCGGUCACUGCCCAGGUCUUGGGCACGUGGUAGCACCCUGAGCCCCGUUUUCACACAGGAGAGAGCCACGGUGCUGAGAAGCCUUGGAUUCCUGCUGGGUUCAUUUCAGCAGGUCAGGGACAAGCUUUGUGCUUGUAUUUACCAGCAUGUUUUUUUAAUGUACUGGAAACAAGUCUGUUCAUCAUGUUUCUUUCC